AUGGUAACAUUAGAUAGAACAAUACCAAAGUCAAUUUAUGAUAACUUAAACAUCGUACCAAACCUUUCUGUGAGGUCUGAAUAUAUAUUAUCAAAUCUUUCAGCACUCAGUCAAUGUGUUCUUUAUGCACCUAUUGUAUACGAAGAGAAGAGUGACUCGAUAACUAAUUUUAUUGUUAAAGAGAUAUUAAUGAAAAAUUAUCAUAAAGCAGUUCCAGGAGAUGAUGUUGAAUGGGUAGAAGAUCAUGUAAUUGACGAUGAAUGUAAGGCAAAGAUAAUGGGAUUAAAAGUACUGGUGAACCGUUUACUGACAGUUUCUGAUAGAGAGGUAGCAGUCGAGUUGGCUAAACCUAUUUUUAAAUUAUUUUGGAAUUUAAUAAGGGAAGGCGGUGAAUUACUUGCUGUUCACAAUUUAUUGAAGCUGGCACAUAAAAAAAUAUAUAAUUCAAUGAUAUCUGUUGGAGAAUUUCAAGAAUUGGCAUUCAUGAUACAAGAUCCUUGUUACCAAGUGAGAUUUGGAUUUGCUUCAAGGCUUGUUAAAUAUUGUGCAAGUUAUCUUCUACAUGCACGAUUCUUGUCUAUAUUUUUUUUAACUGCACAUGAUCCUGCGCACGAAAUUCGUGAUAUGGUUAAAGUUUUUUUGACAAGACAAUCUCGUGCAACUGGGUCGAUCCGUGAUAAGAAUCUGUUGUUUGAGAUGUCUUUAGUUAGAUUGAUUCAUCUCCUUUCCCAUCAUCCUGAUUUUUCGCACGAAUUAAAUGUCCUUUCUGAAUUCAUAGUUUAUAUAGAUUUUUUCUUAAAUACAAUUGCAGAUUCGGAGAAUAUUUCAUAUUUGUUUUGUCUUGCAGGAAAAUUAAAACAAGUUCGCGAUAAACAAUCAUUAGAACAGAGCGAGAAUUUAUAUUUAUUGAGUGAUUUGACUCAACAUCUAAUAAGAGCCAAAUGUAAAUCUUUUUCUUGGCCAUUAACUGAUUUUCCUGGAGACGUCAAUUUACCUAAUGAUUUAUUUAGCAAACUAUCAAAUCCCGAGAUUAUAUCACAGAUUACAACAAAAAACUAUAUCCCAAAUGAAUUUAUGAAAACAUUUGAAAAAAAACAUGGAUCCACACAUAAUAAAAAUGACAAGUCCAAAUCGGCAAAAAAAACGAGGCUGACAAAAUCGUAA